GAGGGAAAUUAGGGAGAGGCAUGGAUUUAAGGUUUUUGAUUGUAGCGUUGUUGAUGUGCGUAAAUGGAGUGAGGGGUUCGAUCCACGAAUACAGAAACGAAGGGUUUAUUCCACAGUCAAAUGACUCAAAUGCUUUCUUCUUCCAUGGCGGCAGUGAAGGCCUUUAUGCUUCUAAGCUCCUCCACUCCUCCAUUUCCCAAGAGACUGGCAACAACAAUAACCCUACCCUUAAGGGCAAGUUCUUCAUCAGGUUUGAAACUGUUACUUUUGUGAGGACGGAAGAGUCUGCUAGUAAGCAGCCUGAGAUGCAACAGAACACGGGGUUGGUGGAAGCUAUCAUACUUGAGGUAAAAGACAAGAAAAGGAUUGGAGGUUCUUUCCUAAACUCCAAUUUGAUAUGCUGCAACCCGAGGCUUGCAGAUGCUGGAUCCUGCAAAUUAGGAGAGGUUAUUAUACAAAAAAAUAAGGAUAAUCCUGACUGGCCUAAACGCAUUAAAACCUUCUUUGCAGGAAAUAAUAGAGAAACUAAAGUAGAUACCACAGAUGUUGAAAUAAAUAGUACUGGAAUGUACUACCUUUAUUUUAUGUUUUGUGAUCCGAAUCUUAAGGGCACAUUAAUCAAAGGAAGGACUGUGUGGAGGAACCCAGAUGGUUAUUUACCUGGGAAGAUGGCUCCUUUGAUGACAUUCUAUGGUUUCAUGUCUUUAGCUUACCUUGUACUUGGUCUACUCUGGUUUCUAAGGUUUGUUCAAUUCUGGAGGGAUAUUACAAAAUUGCACUACCACAUUACAGCUGUAAUUGCUCUAGGAAUGUGUGAAAUGGCCGUCUGGUACUUUGAAUAUGUCAAUGUCAAUUCAACUGGACGUCGACCUAUGGGCAUUACUUUGUGGGCUGUAACUUUUAGCUCUGUAAAGAAGACUUUGUCUCGCCUUCUUCUUUUGGUCGUAUCAAUGGGCUAUGGUGUGGUGAAGCCAACUCUCGGUGGUUUAACCUCUAGAGUACUUCUUCUUGGUGCAGUAUAUUUUUUUGCAACGGAGGCACUUGAGCUAGUUGAACACUUGGGGAACAUUAAUGAUUUUUCUGGAAAGACAAAGUUAUUUUGGGUCCUACCUGUCGCUUUCCUGGAUUCCUGCUUUAUUCUAUGGAUUUUCUCAUCAUUAUCAAGAACUCUAGAAAAACUUCAGGUAAGGAGAAACACGGCUAAACUGGAACUCUAUCGCAAAUUUACUAGUUCUCUUGUAGCGUCUGUGCUGCUCUCUAUUGCUUGGAUUGGCUUUGAGCUAUACUUCAAUGCAACUGACCCUUUGAGUGAGCUGUGGCAAAUUGCCUGGAUCAUUCCAGCAUUCUGGAUUCUACUUGCGUACUUUCUCUUGGUGGUAAUAUGUAUCCUCUGCAUGGAUUUGGGCUUGUUCAAGAAGCUUGAUCCAACCAUAGGAGCCUCUUCAAGACCUCCAGACAUAAAUAUGUUAGCCAUAAAUCCUGAUCCCCCAAACCCAAUCUGUUCAUUUCUCAGAACUCUCACUCUUGAAGAUCAUAAAAAACCUUUUGUGCUUCCUAUAAUAGAAGACUCAGACUUGGACUUGUCUGAUCUUGGUUUGGAGGAAAUCUUCAUGACUGAUCCAAAAGAAGAAGAGGAGGAUGAUGUUCUCUGUCCCCAAAGGCCUCCAUCUCCGCCACCAAUCUUUUCUCCACCACCUUUUGUCCCAGAUCACCAAACCAGAUUGUCUUACUCACCAACUACAGAUUCAAAACAUUUGUUUACUCUUGAUAAUGUUCCUCCCUCUAAAUGGCAUGAUGAGUUUUUUAAUAUGUACUCCUGGUGCAUAGCUGAACUUCAAACUCCAAAUGCCACUGUUUCACAGAUUAUUGCCAAGUUUGUUGCAAGAAUUAUAGGAAGAUUACGAGAAUGGUGGAUCAAUUUGGGAGAAUACAGAUAG